AUGGAUUACAGACUCAAAACACCACCUUCACGCAUCCCACCCAUCGAGCUAAAAUGCUCAUCAUCAACAACUCACCCCUCCUCAAUCCCAAUGAACAAAGAUCCACGCAAACACUACCUCAACAACUCCGCCGAACUCCCACCACCCCUAAUCUCAAGCUCUUCCUUCAUUCCUCACUCCAUGACAGCUCAUCUCAUGCGCCGCAAAAAGACCUCGGCCCUAGGAGUAAAAUUCGAGACCAGAUGCCAGGAUGAAAUCACCGAUAUGGAAGGUGCACUCCAUACAUUCGUAACCCCAGUUGUGCCACUUUGUCAUAUCGUGGGGGAUUACCGCUAUCAAUAUGGUCACGGCGUCAGUAAUUUUGGGGUUACAAAUGGCAAGACGCUAGUUAGGGAUGUGGUGAUGAGUGCGAGUAUUCAUAUGGAUUUCGAGACCAAGCUGGUUAUGUUGGCGGUUUGCAAGCUUGGUUACGAGGAGUUUUUAGGGGUUGACGCUGGAGAGUGGGAGAUUUUGGGGGUGGAUGAGAAACAGGAUGAGAAGUUGAGGAGGCAGUAUGAUCGGGUGUUGAGAAGCCAUCUUGUUUAUCAUUUGACCAGAGAUCAUAGGCUGCCUCCAAGAUCGGCAGCGAAGGGACUUUUGAAUGUGGAAGAAGCUAUUGCGUUGUUAGAGGAACUCAUUUCUUCGUCCUCAGAGAUAGGGGACUCCCUGAUUGACAAAUUCGUCGAAAUACAGUACGGAGACUUCAUCUCACUUGAGCUGUUGAUCAACACAGCAAUUCAACAAGCACGUAAUGAGUUUUCCGCACUCGAAGCGCUGUGUCCUCAAGGUUACGUAUAUACGUACAAUCCGGCCUCAAUUUUCGCCGCCACGAUAGGACCAGACCUGUUAAAUCGACUCUUGUUAGCCGCAAUGAGAGUCUUAUCUGAUCACAAUACGUUCGCGAAUAUGAAGGUAUUUGCUUUCAACGAUUACACCGAUACCAAAGCUGUCGUAUUAGCGAAGCUAGCACUGUGUAAACAAGAGAGUGUGUUGGUUGCAAGCACCACGGAAUUGUUCCAAGGCGAGAAAGACCAAUACGAUAUCUCGAAGUUUGCCGAGAGUCACAAAGCUACCGGAAGGAAGCUGGAGGAUGCAAUGCUUGUUAUUCAUAAUAAUAGUGAUGGGUUUGGACAGAAUAUUGAAUCUGAGCAUGCUUCUGGGAGUUUGGAUGGUGCUAUUGGUGCGAAUAGCAGUGCUGCUGCUAGUUUGAAGAGGGAUCGAGAUGAUUUGUUGGAUUUUAUGUUUUGA